GACCUUAGAUAUAGAAGUUGUUAGCUUUAAAGGCCAUGUUUAACAUUUAGGGAUCGGCAUACACAAUAUAAGAAGUUAUUAUAUGUGUUACAUAUACUAAGUGGAUGUUUACAAAAUGUUGGUAAUGCUACGUUAGGGUUACCGGUCAAAUGUAGCACCUAACAUUGAACAUAACGGUAACUCGGAAAUACCCCGCUACAAGCCCAACGUCAACUGGGACAGGCUCCAGCAUACCCCCGCGACUAUAGUGGGGAUAAGCGGCAUAGAAGAUGGACGGUAACUCGGGAACGAACUGUUGGUCCUAACUGGGAAUAGAGUAAAUCUCUCAAGGGCGAGAGGGUCUGCAUACAUGAGCAGGAUGGAGCUACGGCCGUUUCUCAUGUGCUUUGCGCUUUGCGUGGUUUACGCCACAAGCAAGCCUACUGAGAAGAAGGAUCGCAUUCACCAUGAUGAGCCCCUCAGCAACAGAGAGCAUGAUGACGGCGAGAACUUUGACUAUGACCAUGAGGCCUUUCUGGGACAAGAGGAGGCCAAGACAUUCGAUCAGCUCACUCCGGAGGAGAGCAAGGAGCGACUUGGCAUGCUGGUGGAGCGUAUAGAUGAAGAUAAGAAUGGCUUUGUGACUGUGGAGGAGAUGAAGAAGUGGAUCAAACACGCACAGAAGAGGUGGAUUUACGAGGAUGUGGAUAGACAGUGGAAGAGUCACGACCUCAACGGUGACAACGUGGUGUCGUGGGAGGAGUAUAAAAACGCCACAUAUGGAUACAUUCUCGAUGACCCCGAGCCUGAUGAUGGCUUCAGCUACAAACAGAUGAUGUCCCGUGAUGAGAGGAGAUUCAAGAUGGCUGACCAGGACAAUGACAUGAAAGCCAACAAAGAGGAGUUCACAGCCUUCCUUCACCCUGAGGAAUAUGACCACAUGAAAGACAUUGUGGUGCUGGAAACUAUGGAGGACAUCGACAAGAAUGGAGAUGGUUUAAUUGACCUUGACGAGUACAUUGGUGACAUGUACAACCAGGAGAAUGAUGCCACAGAACCUGAGUGGGUGAAGACCGAGAGAGAACAGUUCAGUGAAUUCAGAGACAAAAACAAUGAUGGGAAAAUGGAUAAGGAGGAGACCAGAGACUGGAUCUUGCCCAAUGACUACGACCAUGCAGAAGCCGAGGCCAAGCACCUGGUGUAUGAGUCAGACGCAGACAAAGACGGCCAACUAACAAAGAGUGAAAUCGUGGACAAGUACGAUCUGUUUGUGGGCAGCCAGGCAACCGACUUUGGAGAAGCCCUGACUCGACAUGAUGAGUUCUAAAAUGUACCCGUCCACAAAGACCUUUUGUUCUUAACUUCUUUUGACAGUGGACUUCUCUCUUUUUUUAAACACAACGGGGUCACCUUUGCUGUGGACAGAUAAUUUAUUUGAUUUGUUGAAUGUGUCCCACAAUACACACACUAUUUUUCCAAAAGAAGUGUUCGUGCUUGAGUCUUGGUCCAGUUGGGCUUCCACACACUAAACGUUUGUCUGGUGCAGGUCAGUUGAGAGACGAAGAAUUGAGAUUUGUUAAAUAAAACACAGGUAAAUAAGUAAGCCACAGCAUGCAAGAAUUGUUUGGUUCCUUUUUGCAAUGCACUGGACAUUAACCUUUCCAAAAGGAAUCAUGUGAUCAGAUCCAAAAUGAAUGUUGUUUGGUGCAAGGGCUGAAUGCUAAAUUUUAUAGGCUACAAAAACGGAUUGCAUUUAAAGUUGGAGAUGCAUUAACACCUUAUUGUUACUUUAAGGCAUCAAAAUGUAUGGACAGAAUUAUGUUCUGUCCUGUCUCAUCACCUCAUUUUGAGUGUUUUGUGUGUACAGUAUAUAUGUCUUUUUGAUGACUGAUGUGACUUUUUUUGUAUUAUGCUUUGUGUGCCAUGCAGAAUUCACUCAAAGAAGCCUUUUUCUAUGACAGUUCUAUAAAAUAUUGCUAUGCUUAUAUUAUCACUAACACCAUUUAGAACCACUGUUGAUCAUUUUUUGUUAUUUUGUAUAAAGCACACCUUUUUUUUUUUACCGGCUCACUGCAGGAAAAAAAAAAUCUCUAGAGACUUUACUGUAAAUAUAUUAAAUGAGCUGAUGAUUGAUUAGGUCAAGUUUUUGUGAUUGAGAACAUCUUAAUGAAAAUAAAAUUGGGUAAAAAU